GCCGUCUCCUGCUCCAGUAACCCUACGCAACGAGAAAUAGAGGAAGCGAGCCAAACAAACAGACCUGACCUCCUACACCCAUCGAAACCUCAGUAUCUCGAUCUUCAUGUUUUUUUAAAAUCAUUCUAUUGCUAAUCGUUCGUGGCGGUUACCAGUUAAGAGAUGGAUCGGAUCAAGGGUCCGUGGAGUCCUGAGGAAGACGACGCCCUCCGUGGACUGGUCCAGAAGCAUGGUCCACGCAAUUGGUCCCUCAUCAGCAAAUCCAUUCCCGGACGUUCCGGUAAGUCCUGCCGCCUUCGCUGGUGCAAUCAGCUCUCUCCUCAGGUGGAGCACCGCCCCUUCUCGCCGGAGGAGGACGAGACCAUUAUCAGAGCUCAUGCUAACUUCGGCAAUAGAUGGGCUACCAUUGCUCGGCUUCUCUAUGGCCGGACGGAUAACGCCGUUAAGAACCACUGGAAUUCGACGCUGAAGAGGAAGUGUUCGUCGAUGAUGAAUGAGGGUUUUGAAGCGGAUCCAAACAGCCAACCUAUGAAGAAAUCGGUCAGCGCCGGCGCCGCCGUUAACGGGCUAUACAUGAACCCCGGGAGUCCAUCAGGAUCUGAUAUAAGCGACUCUAGUGUUCCUGUUAUGUCUCCGACCGUCUACCGCCCUGUUGCCAGAACCGGCAGUGUUAUACCUCCUGGAGAAUCGGCACUGUCCCCCGCUACAGACCUGGCGACGUCUCUGUCGUUAUCUCUACCUGGUGCGAGCGGCGUCGGAAACGGCUUGUACCGCAGCGGAAGUGGUUCAACAGCGCAGGCGCCUCUAAUGGCGGCAUUUGCUCAAAUACAAAGCAUGGCGGCAUCGGAGCUGACAAAGGCAGCGCAGCUUGAUACAAGAGGCGGUGGUGGGGCACACGAGAAAAAGAAUGGGCUUGGAGUUUUCAGUGCAGAUUUAAUGGCGGUGAUGCAGGAGAUGAUAAAAUCAGAGGUGAAAAGCUAUAUGGAAGGGAUGUCGGAGAAGAGAGGAAGAGGAUGUUUUCAGCAGGCUAAAGCUGGUGGGAUUAGGAACGUCGGUUUUUAAGCGAACUGUGAUUCAUCAUCAAGAAUUGUUGAUUAGCAUUAAGAUUAGAUUGAUGAUCGCAGAAGUUACAACAUUCUGAAGCAGAAUGAGAACCGAGAAGAACAGAACCAAAUCUGGGAGCUUAAUUGUCUUCCCAAUUUUCAACUCUUUUUCGUUGUAGUUUCUGAAGGAAAUAAUAUUAGUGAAUGUACAGAGAAGGGAAUGAAACAAAAAGAGAAGGGGGGAAGUUCCUCUUCCGUUACAGACAGGAAACAGAACAGAGGUAGAAGUUCGUUGGAAUUAAGGUAUAAUAUGGACCCUAAAACUGGAAAAAGUCGUGGGAGUUUUAAAAAUCGUGUGUAUACCAACUUUGCCUUCCAUUCUUGACGCUAUUUGUCUCUCAUUUCGAAGACCACAUCAUCAUAAAAAAAACCCACCAAAUCAAAAUUACA